AACAUCUUUUUUUACAAUUAAGAAAAUAAUUAAUCAACCUAAAUAAAGCAGCAAUUCAGUUCGGGAUACUAGUUCGUGUCACCCCUUCGGCCGUCCCCUUCAUCGCCGUGGAAAAUGGCGGCCACUUCUCUCAGCACUCCAAAGCUCAGCUUCACGCUAUCUUCACCGGCUUUUUACGCUCUCCGCAACCACCUCCCGAGAUUCUCGUCUCUCUCGCUGAGCACUACCCCCGGAAAACUUCAUUCCAUCAAUCUCCGCCGCCAAUCCUUCUCCAACUGUCGCCGAUUCUCCACCGCUCGAGCCGAGUCCCCAAAUGCUUCCGCCGCCGCCGAGGCGCCGGGGCACUACGAUUUCGACCUCUUUACUAUAGGCGCCGGGAGUGGCGGCGUUAGGGCUUCUAGAUUUGCCGCGAAUUACGGGGCUUCUGUCGCUAUUUGUGAGCUUCCCUUCGGCACCAUUUCUUCAGAUUCGGCAGGCGGCGUUGGCGGCACAUGCGUGCUUCGUGGCUGUGUCCCAAAGAAACUGCUUGUUUUUGCAUCAAAGUAUGCUCAUGAAUUUGAGGAGAGUCGGGGAUUUGGAUGGAAUCAUGACACGGAGCCAAAACAUGACUGGAGCACCCUUGUUGCAAAUAAAAAUGCAGAGUUGCAGCGUCUCACUGGCAUCUACAAAAGCAUUCUUAACAAAGCUGGCGUAGUUCUUAUCGAAGGGCGUGGAAAGGUAGUUGACCCACACACUGUGGAGGUUGAUGGGAAACUCUACUCAGCGAGAAAUAUACUAAUUUCAGUAGGUGGGCGUCCAUUUAUUCCAGACAUUCCUGGAAGUGAAUAUGCUAUAGAUUCUGAUGCAGCAUUGGACUUACCCACAAAACCAAAGAAGAUUGCCAUUGUUGGCGGUGGUUACAUUGCGCUUGAGUUUGCUGGGAUCUUUAAUGGGUUGAAAAGUGAGGUCCAUGUUUUUAUAAGACAGAAAAAGGUCCUAAGAGGUUUUGAUGAAGAUAUCAGGGACUUUGUUGGGGAACAAAUGGUACUGGGAGGAAUAGAGUUUCACACAGAGGAAUCACCACAUGCUAUUGUUAAGUCACCAGAUGGCUCACUUACUUUGAAAACUAAUAAAGGGACAUUUGAUGGAUUUUCUCAUAUCAUGUUUGCCACAGGACGUAGACCAAAUACAAAGAAUUUAGGACUGGAUACAUUGGGAGUUAAAAUGACAACUAGUGGAGCAAUAGAGGUCGAUGAGUAUUCCCGUACAUCAAUUCCAUCAAUUUGGGCAGUUGGAGAUGUUACUGAUAGAGUGAAUUUAACUCCAGUUGCUUUGAUGGAAGGAGGAGCAUUGGCAAAGACACUUUUUGCUAAUGAGCCUAGUAAACCAGAUUACAGGGCUAUACCAUCUGCAGUAUUUUCACAGCCACCAAUUGGGCAAGUUGGUCUGACUGAAGAGCAGGCUAUACAUGCAUAUGGUGAUGUAGACAUUUUCACAUCAAACUUUAGGCCUUUAAAGGCUACACUUUCUGGCCUCACAGACAGAGUAUUUAUGAAAAUUGUUGUCUGUGCAAAGACGGACAAAGUUCUCGGUGUCCACAUGUGUGGUGAUGAUGCACCAGAAAUAAUACAGGGGUUUGCUGUAGCUGUCAAAGCUGGUUUGACAAAAGCAGAUUUUGAUGCCACAAUUGGUAUCCAUCCAACAUCAGCAGAAGAGUUUGUCACCAUGAGGACACCCACAAGAAAGGUUCGGAGCAGUGCACAUGAGGGAACAGGAGAGUCUGAUGCCAAAACUGCCCCUGGAGUUUGACCAUUGUGUCGCUAAGGAACAAUAAUCUGAUGGCUGAAAAACAAUCAUAAGCGCGGCAUCGCACCUUCAAAUAUGGUAGAAGGGUUAUUAUACAGAUUCGCGGCUGCUUAUCCAAUUGUAGUAGCUGCUGGUGCGAAUAGCCAAACAGGGGAUUAUUGAAACCUGGAAGAACCAAGUGGGAGGUAAGUGAUAGGACCCUUUGUGCAUAGAAGUGAUAGGGCUCUUUGUAAAGUCACAAGGGAUGUUUUCUCGUACAUAGCCCUUCUUGGUCUUAUUUAAUACCAGUACAAAACGCAUUUUGUGUUGAUACUUUUAUGAUUUUUAUUAUAAUCAUGUGACCUCUUUUGAAAAAAGUUUUGAUGUGUGU